AUGCGUGGAGAAUGGUCAGCAUCCCAAUCGGUCCGAAGAAGACACCGCCUCGCAGUUGAGAGAUGGUCUCUAGUGCAGGAGAAUCAGAGUCACAGGCGCAUGUAUGGACACUCGCGGAAGUCACGGCGGAGCAGAGACUUAUCAGGCCCACAGCACGUGCUUAAUUCCGGGCUGCCGGGCGAGCAUAAACUCGCGAUGGUCAUCGAUCUCGGUGCCACCUCGGUGAAGGUGAGUGGUGCCGCGCCAGCAAGAGAAAAAGACACGCUCGACGAUCUUGUCCAGCUUGCGCCGGGAAACGGGCCGAAUUGGAUCUGCCUCAGCGGUGGGUUCUUCUCCAGUUGA